AUGAGACUCUGCAUUGCUCGUUCACUCAUUCAUUUGUUCCCCACCGCGAGCUCAUCCGUUCCCACCGCGAGUUCAUUCGUUCCCCCACUGCAAGCCUCAUCUGUGCGAGCGCCGAGCGGACGGCCCUCCGACCCCUUACUCCCUCUCCCCUUCGCACACCCCGCGCCAGCAGCAAGAUCUGUCCCAGGAGACGACGGAGCUGCAGGAGGUGCGCGCUCGCAGCGGCGCCGACAUGAAGCGCGACCUCACGUGGUGGGACCUCGCGUGGUUCGGGUCGGCACCGUCAUCGGCGUCGGGAUCUUCGUGCUCACGGGUCGGGAGGCCAAGGAGGACAUUGGUCUUGCCGUCGUCAUCUCCUACGUCGUCUCCGGCGCCUCCAGCAUGCUCUCCGUCUCGCGGUGUGUCCGAGUCGCUGAUUCGCUCUUCCACCAGUUUCGGACGGAGUCGGGCCGAGACGAACGGAGGCAGGCAGAAAAAUUUUGGGGCAGACUGAAAUUUUCACAAUUUAGUAGUAGGUAUAGAUUAAGAAUUGUUCGAACAAGUUUGUCCCGGGAUUUAUUAGUGUCUAUGGCUCAGCUUAUGAGGACGGUAAGGCAUUUAUUCAACAGCUAAGGUCCUUAUGGCACUCCCAAUGCUAGAAACUACAUAUAAUUUCUAUACCCAUUAAAUUUUAUAGACACUAUAUAUAGAAACUAUG